UUAACUUCAACCUGUUAAAAUCUGGUUAAGACCCCCCCAAUGUGGGCCAUUAACAAAUCGUGUGCACAGAUGCUUUGUACAUAAUAUAGAUGUUUUGUAAAUCAAAUGUUUCAUGAUUUUGUUAGGAAGUAGAUUAUUGAGUAAAUUGAUAUAUUUUAUUUAAUCAUAAAGUUUUACUGUGGCUGUGACAUGUGUUAGUCAUUUGUUUGUGCAGUGGUUCAAGCGGUACAUGUGCAUUCCUAAUAUAAUUAUAAGUAGUUUUGUUUUUUAAUUCCGCUGUUUUUUCUAUAUGUCUUUGCUGGAAUGGAGUUGGAGCUGUUUGAUUCCACAAACUAACUAACUUUCAGCACCAUAGAAAGCAUCUCAUGUCCCACAUUGUGUUCAGUAUAAACAGCUCCUCUGUUCUUCACAAUGUCAAUAUUCAAAUAUGCCAACUUGUUUUCCUAUCAAAAGUGAGGAUACACUUAUUUGUAAUAAAUAUUUUUGAGGGUUCCGGGUUCGAUCCCCGCUUCCGCCAUCCUAGUCACUGCUGUUGUGUCCUUGGGCAAGAUAGUUUACCCACUUGCUCCCAGUGCCACCCACACUGGUUUAAAUGUAACUUUGAUAGUGGGUUUCACUAGGUGAUAGCGCUUUGAGUCACUAGAGACAAGUGCUAUAUAAAUAUAAGUAUCUUCACUUCAAUUCACUUCACACACACACACACGCACGCGCGCACACAUGCAAAAUGCCCUGUAAUUAACCAUACUGUAUGAAGUUGAAAAAAACUAGAUUAACACUUGCUGGCUGUCUUAUUAUGUAUUUGUUGUCCAGCCUAAUUAUUGUAUUUAUUUAUUAGUGUCACCUGUUUCUGUUUAAUGUUAAAUAAUUAAUUUGUAUUGUGUUAUUUUUCCACAAUUCUCUCCCAACGUUUAGAGUGUUAGAUGAGUUAUUGUUGCACUAAUAAUCACCACUGUCCAUGGUGCUGAAUAGUUAGUGACUGGAAGUAACUCAACUCAAACACGUCUACAACUAAAUCUACAACUAUGCAUGUGUCAAAAGAUAACUUACUCAAACACCAAAAUAAAAAUACUGAUCAUGAAUAUACAAAAUACGGAAUUUCGGACUUAUUAAUACAACAAAUUGUAUUAUGUUUACCAAUUUUGAUUAUAAUCUUACUGGGACAUUGAUUUAACUAAUAGAAAAAAAUGCAACAUGAUAAAAUCACUGAACAAAAAAUAAACGUAUUAUAUAUAUCCAUCUUGCAUGUCAGAAAAUGAAACUAAUAUAAUUAAAAAUAUAUACAUUAAUAUUAAUUAUGCUUUAUUUUUAAAGUUAAUGUUUUUUUGGUUUUUUUACAAACGUAUGCCUUUCUUUAAAUGCCCUUACCGAUUGGAAUUCCUUGUUUUCAUGUUAUUCGUAAUUUCAAAAUAAAAGUUCUAAUAUGACCAUAUGACAUCAUAUGGGUCUAAAGUGAACUGAUGUAAUGCAUAUUUUGUUAUAUUAGGCAUUUUAAUUGUGUAUGUUUGCCAGCUAAUGAAAUCUUAAUCAAUUUAACGUCUGUAUUAAAUAUUUUUGACGGUUAAUAAAUAUUAAGGUGUAUUACUGUGAAAAUGCUCUGAGGGCCGCUGUUGACACGUCAUUGAAUAAGAGUGAACAUAUUCAGUGCUGUGGUCCUAUUGGUCUCCUUUUAGAGCUUCACUGCUUGCGAAGACGACGGUCUGCUCGCCAUUUGAAGAGAAAUCUUUCUUGUGGAUCAUCAUUCCUAUUUGAGAUUUUUUGUUUAAGGAGUGUCUGGUUUUGCUCUGAAGGAUUAUUAUCACCAUUUUUUGUCUUGAAGAUGGAUUAUAUGUGGAUAAACGCAGUCAGAGGCCGAUGGCGCGCACUGUUUGUCAUUCUUUGUCUCUGCGAGCUGAGCUCAGUGAGUGGACAGGCUCGCUAUUCCAUACCGGAGGAGCAGGCAGAAGGCUCUUUUGUUGGAAACAUUGCCAGAGAUUUGGGCUUGGAUGUGGCCAGACUAGUAGCAGGUAAAGCUCGUAUUAUUGCAAAAGGAGGCCGGCAGUAUGUUGAUUUAAAGCGAGACAAAGGCACACUUGUUAUUAAAGAGCGCAUCGACCGAGAAGAGCUUUGUGGAAAGACGACGCCCUGCAGCUUCAGUUUUGACAUCAUUUUAGAAAAUCCGAUCCAGCUUUAUCGUGUAACAGUGGAAGUUAUAGAUAUUAAUGAUAAUAGCCCCUCUUUCCCAAAGUCCGACAUUAAUUUGAAAAUUACAGAACAUGCUGCAGUGGGCACCCGUUUCUCUCUUGCUAAUGCAGCUGACACUGAUGUUGGUCUUAAUGAUAUUCAGAAAUACACACUGAAACCUUCAGAUAAUUUUAAAUUGGAAAUAAAAAAACAGCCACAAGGAAAAAACGUUAUUGAAAUGGUUUUAGAGAAGCCUUUAGACAGAGAGAAAGAGGAGACUCACACUCUCAUGUUGAUUGCUUCAGAUGGCGGUGAGCCACAUAGAUCAGGGACGGUGAGAAUUCAAAUCACUGUGCUGGAUGCCAACGAUAACGCACCUGUGUGCAGCCAGCCUGUUUAUAAGGUAGAUGUUCGAGAAAAUUCACCUGAAGGAAUGUUAAUUACUACUGUGAGUGCAAGUGACGCUGAUUCAGGCCUCAAUGGUGACGUCACUUACUCCACUCCUCAUAUUACCAGACAGGCGGAGCCAAUCUUUCAUGUAAAUGUUAAAACAGGAGAAAUUAAAAUUACUGGAAAAUUAGAUUUUGAAGAAUCCAAGAUUUAUGAGUUAAAUGUCCAAGCUAGUGACCAUGGAGGAUAUUCAGACACAUGUAAAGUUAUUAUUAACAUAAUUGAUGAGAAUGACAAUGUCCCUACAAUAGAACUUAUGUCAUUUUCUCAGUCCAUACCUGAGGAUUCUCCCCCAGGUACAACAGUAGCUGUUUUUAACGUGAAUGAUGAAGACUCUGAGAGCAACGGUGUUGUCAAGUGCUCUAUUAAUUCUGACGUCCCUUUCAAAAUUGAGUCUUCAUUAACAGGUUAUUACACCAUAGUGACCGAAAACUUCUUAGACAGAGAAAGUGUUUCUGAAUAUAAUGUUACCAUAACAGUGUCUGACCAAGGCUCUCCUCCUCUGUCUAGUUAUAAAACCAUCAACGUUAAAAUAUCUGACGUUAAUGACAGCCCGCCCAAAUUCCAUCAGUCAGAAUACAGUAAGAAUGUUCCAGAGAACAACUCUCCUGGUUUUUCUGUGUUUACUGUCAGUGCUAGUGAUGCAGACUGGGGCCAGAACGCCCGAGUGUCUUACUUCCUGGAGGAGAAAGAAGUUAAUGGAGUAGCUGUGUCUUCUUUUGUCUCUGUCAACUCAGAGAACGGUGUCAUCCACGCAGUCCGAUCUUUUGAUUACGAACAAAUUAAAUCCUUUCACUUUAACGUUACCGCCCGUGAUGCCGGAUCCCCUCCUUUAAGUUCUGUAGCCACAGUUCAUAUCCUGAUCCAGGACCAGAACGACAACGCCCCCCAGGUUCUGUACCCGGUCCAGACUGGCGGCUCGGUGCUGGCUGAAAUGGUGCCUCGUUCAGCAGAUGUGGGCUAUCUGGUGACUAAAGUGGUGGCUGUGGAUGUGGACUCUGGACAGAACGCCUGGCUCUCCUAUAAAGUGCACAAAGCCACAGACAGGGCGCUGUUUGAAGUGGGCCUACACAAUGGAGAAAUAAGAACUGUCCGCCAAGUCACUGAUAAAGAUGCCGUCAAACAAAGACUGAGUGUUCUAGUGGAGGACAACGGGCAGCCCUCUCGUUCAGCUACAGUCAUUGUUAACGUGGCGGUGGCGGACAGCUUCCCUGAAGUGCUGUCAGAGUUCACUGACUUUAGCAUGCACGACAAGGAGUACAAUGACAAGCUGACUUUUUACUUAGUCUUGGCUUUGGCUGUGGUCUCCUUCCUCUUCAUCACCUGCUUGCUGCUCAUCAUAUCAGUCAAAGUGUACAGGUGGAGACAGUCUCGCGUCCUGUACCACUCCAACCUCCCUGUCAUUCCAUAUUAUCCACCACGUUACUCAGACACUUUGGGGACAGGGACUCUCCAACACGUGUACAAUUACGAGGUGUGCAGGACCACCGACUCCAGAAAAAGUGACAUGAAGAAUAUGCAAGCCAUGAGUCAAAGUUUAGUGAGUGUGGAUGGAGCUGAUGCUGAUACACCACAUGUGGCCAAGCAGAUGUCAGGAAACUUUUCACAGAUGUCAACUUUGGUGAGUCAAAUAUUUUACCAUUUUUAA